AUGGCUUCAGAAGCUCAAAACCGCGAGCAAAUUGCAAAACUCAUUCUCGACUGUCGGAAAGCUGCCAAAGAGAAACGCUUCUAUGCCGCCUUAGAAUCGGUUACCACGGCCUUACGGCUCUCUGCAUGCGACAUGAGCACUUCUUGCGAGACUCGCUUGACUCUUCUGGAUAUUCGUGUCGCUGUCUAUCUCCGCAUGUUAAAAACCGACCGAGCCCUUCGUGAUGCCAAGGCAAUGAUCCGGGUUGACCGUAAAGAUGGACGAGGCUACAUUCGAUGCGGUCAAAUCGAACGACUGCAAGACAAUAAAGCUCGCGCCAUUGAGUACUACGAGCACGGCUUGAAAUCUAUCCCAACCUCGGACCCGUAUUUCUACUCGAUCACCGAGAAGUUGCACGACUUGAGAGAGCAGAUCAAGAGUGAGCUCUUCUUUUCCCGGCGUACAGAUCCGAUGACAACUCUGCCGCUGGAGGUGGUUGAAUCUAUUCUGUCUUUUCUGGACUACAGACAACAUGUCCAAAUGUUGCGCGUUUCGAAACCUUGGAAGAACAUGCUCCUCGGGAGGCCUCCCUUGACAAAUACCAUCGCUUUCCCUCAGGCCAGCAAGGAUAUUACGCCUCGGAUGCUACGCGCCACUCUCAGACGUGUGAGAGCUCCUAAGACAGUUAUCGCACACAACCUGACGAAAAUCUCGGCAGAGAUCCUCAAUACAACUCUUCAGCGCUGGGAAGAUUUUACAUCGCUUCAACAUCUCGAGAUCGACAACCAAUGGCUUUCGGGCUGGAAAUUGCCCUUGUCCAAGUACAAUUUGAAGAUUCUUGUGCUCGGUCCUGACCCAACCAUAUCAAGCGAGGAUGUUUCCAUUAUUCUGCGAGACUGUCCCUCUCUUGAAAUCGCUAGAUUUCAGAAAGUCCUUGACUUCCACCAUCCUGGGUCCAAUCCUGAACGGGGACGUUGGAUCCUGGCCAGUAAAACUCUCAAGCAACUUUACAUGAAUGUGAAACCUUUUUCUGACCGGCUUGACGCGGGCAUCCUCCUCUCGGGAUUGCCACGGUUGAAAUCACUUUACUGUUCCGGUAUCUUGUGGAGUGACUUCGAUACUUCAAUUCGAAGACUUGAUCUCCGUCAUAUGAAGCAACUGGAGACUUUGAUAAUCAGCGGUUCCAUCCUACCAAACAUCCAUCUCCCUCAGACCAUCAGGAAAUUGAGUUUUCACUCAGUCGGCUGGCACGAUGACGAGCUCAGUGAACCAUUUGCGGUGCUGGAAAACCUCCAGACUCUCGUGGUUGACGAAUGUGGUUCAUUCCCAGUAUUUGUACUACCGUCAAUCACCACCGGGGCAGAACACGUGACCCUUGAAAAUUGCACAAUAAGAGGCUCACAGCAAACUGGGCCCCAGUUGGAACGCCUGUUCCAGUCCGGUUUUCUGAAGGACGUCAAGGUUCUCCGCUUGAAACAACACCAUAUCGUCGAUUCCUGGAGCCAAUACUUCAUCGACGGAUGCCCCAUGCUCGAGAAUUUGCAUCUCGAGCAGGCCCAGAUCACGGGAGUAUUUGUGUCUGACAUGCUCAAAAAGGCAAAGCCCUCCAAAGUGCGCAAGAUUACUUUGGAAGCAUGCCCGAAGGUGUCGAAAGACCUUGUUGCCUGGGCCGAUGCCCGUCACGUCGAGGUCAAUCUUAUUCCCGCUCUGGAGGGUUUACGUGCUCACAGAGUACGCAGUAUAGACUAG